ACUCGUCCUGAAAGACAGAAAACGCAUUCUGAGACUGGCUUGCAGAGAUGGGGGUCACACCUCGUACCCCUGAAACACACUCACCUCAGCAUCUCCACACUGGCUGGCAGUGGUGUGUCCCCCACCUUGCAGCUCACCUCAACUGUCACUGGCAACGCCCUGUUUUUCCUGUUUGGACCUUGCUAAGAACACUCAAGACUUCACUGAUGAAAACUUGGCAAUUCUCUCUCACAAAAAGGCUUGGCAGCUAAACCAAGACACUGAGAAGAAAACAGGAGGUGCCAGUCUGCAAGCUGUACCAACUGCUAUUCCUGGAGACAUUCAAAUCCUUCAGCAUCCACAGCAACCAGGCAGCAGAGGAAAUGCACGGCGCUGACAAUGUCACCUCUGCACCGGGGAACAGCAGCCAGUGCGAGCGGGAUGACCAGAUUGUGCGGGUGCUCUUCCCGCUGCUCUACACCGUCCUGCUCUUUGUUGGCAUUGUCACAAACAGCCUGGCCAUGACAGUUUUCUUCCAGAUCCGCAGCAAAUCCAACUUCAUUAUUUUUCUUAAGAACACAGUCAUUUCAGAUCUUCUUAUGAUUCUGACUUUUCCAUUCAAGAUUCUCAGUGAUGCCAAACUGGCACCUGGGCCUCUGAGAACCUUUGUGUGCCAAGUGACCUCCGUGGUAUUCUAUUUCACAAUGUAUAUCAGCAUCUCCUUCCUAGGACUGAUAACUAUUGACCGAUACCAGAAGACCACCAGGCCAUUUAAAAUCUCCAACGCCAGCAGUCUCCUGGGGGCUAAGAUCCUGUCCGUGGUCAUCUGGGCCUUCAUGUUCUUACUCUCCCUGCCCAACAUGAUUCUCACCAACAAGAGACCAAGAGACACGAACGUGAAGAAAUGUUCUUUCUUCAAGUCAGAGUUUGGACUUGUCUGGCAUGAAAUAGUCAACUACAUCUGUCAAGUCAUUUUCUGGAUUAAUUUUUUAAUUGUCAUUGUGUGUUACACCCUCAUUGCAAAAGAACUCUAUAAGUCCUAUGUAAGAACAAGGGGUGUAGGGAAAGUCCCCAGCAAAAAGGUGAAUGUCAAAGUUUUUAUCAUCAUCGCCGUGUUCUUUACUUGCUUUGUUCCUUUUCAUUUUGCCCGAAUCCCCUACACCCUGAGCCAGACCCGGGAUGUCUUUGACUGCACUGCCGAAAACACGCUGUUCUACGUGAAAGAGAGCACACUGUGGCUGACAUCCCUGAAUGCGUGCCUGGACCCCUUCAUCUACUUCUUCCUCUGCAAGUCUUUCAGAAACUCCUUGAUAGGCUUGCUGAAGUGCCACAGCACUGCAGCACCUGCAUCCCGAGAGAGCAGGAAGAAAGGGCAGGGUGGUGGGGACCUGAGUGAGGAGACAGCCAUGUGAGAAAGGACCCAGGACCUGCUGCUAUCUGCUGGUGCUGGGACCCCUGAAGGAGAGCACUUAUAAAGAUAUCAACCCUAAGAAGUACCCUAGUUAAUUACAAAGGCUCUCAAAACAAGUAAGAUACAUCUACAAAAUGAUUUUCCAGUACAGAAAGCUAGCUAUCUUAAAAUGCAGAAAAACAACUUACAGGUGUGUGGCAAAACGAAACCACAUCCAAUCACUAUGCUGAGGCAAACCUACACAGAAUUCACAAUUCAGAGUGUUUGCAAAAUGGACAACCAUGGACUAUCUACCGUAAUGUUUUAAGGACACCAUUAAUCAUAAUCUUAGUCUUUUAGAAUCAGCUGAAAAAGAAUGACCAAUCUGAUAUAAUUUUCUGAUCACAAACAAUACUAAGAUAUACAUACAUUCUAGUUGCCUAACCAAGCCCUGACCAAUUGUGAUAUUCAUAAACGUUUAAGUGGGAUAUUAUUCUUGGGAUACACCAAGCAAUAAUUUUCUAUUAUUAGCAAAAACCUCACAGAUAUCAUUAAAACGAUAGAAAUUUAUAAAGAGCAGAAAUAGUGAGUUAAAUUGUUAAAGUAAGGAGUUGCCUUAUGACAUCCUAAUGCUAAAAGCUAUUAAUACUUCCUUAAUACUAGAAAAGGCAGUUUCACUAACAUUUUGACAACCUCAAUGGAUGCAAUACUGUCAUUGACACUUACCUUCAUUAACCAGCUUCUGAAAAUAUCUGCUACCUGAGUUAACAAACAGUUCCCCCUAGUAAGAAAGGUGAAUUAAAUGUAUGACCACAAAGUCGCACAGCAUGGCAACUAAGAGGAAAGCGAAUGAACUGUCUGGAG